UCGCGAAUAGCGGCUGCGCACUGAGCCUCAUUGCCCCCGUCGCCGCCGCCGCUGCCGCUCCUCUAGGGCUUGUCGCGCUCCUUUGCUUUGGCUCCGCGUUCUCCCGGCUCCAGCUGGAAUCCUUUCUCCAGUUUCUGUAGGCGAUCCGAGGGAAAUGCACCAGACCUGCAGUUAGGUUUCUUAGGAGCAAAAUGGAUAUGAGCCACUUUGUGUUGAAUGACUAAACCCAAAGAAUAGGCAUUAAGGCAUUGACAUCAACUUGGAAGGAAGAUAUCAGUGGUCUGCCUCAGGGAUCUCUGCUUGGUACCAUGCUAUUUAACAUUUUUUGUCAGUGACUUUUAUAAAGGAAUAGAUGACUUCUUUUGUUUGUUUGUUUUUUAACCCUUACCUUCUGUCUUGGAGUCAAUACUGUGUAUUGGCUCCAAGGCAGAAAAGUGAUAAGGGCUAGGCAAUGGGGGUCAAGUGACUUGCCCAGAGUCACACAGCUAGGAAGUGUCUGAGGUCAGAUUUGAACCCAGGACCUCCCAUCUCUAGGCCUGGAUCUCAAUCCACUGAGCUAUCCAGCUGCCCUAGAUGACGUUCUAAUCACAUUUGCAAGAUAAUCCAAAGCUAGUGGGAAAAGGUGGAAGAGAUAACAUUGGAUUAUUGGAUAUUCAGGAUUUGAAAAGAUCUUAACAGGUUAAAAUAUUAGGCCCAAUCAAGCCAGAUUAAAUUUGAAGGAUAAAUAUAAAUUCUUAUGUUUUAGGGUUAGAAAAGUCCAUAUUAAAAGUACAAGUUGGGGGGUAGAUAGUAUUUUGUUUCAAAGAGAUCUAGAGGUUGUAUCAGUCAGCAUUGUGAUAUGGCAGCCAAGGAGGCAAAUGUAAUCUCUUAGGUAUAGUGUCUGGUCUUUCAGAGGUGAUGGCCCUCUUGUCCUCUGUCCUAGUCAGACUUAUCUGUAGGCUUGUGUUCAAUUCUUGUUCUUUUCACAUUUCAGGAAAGACAUUGACAGUCUAGAGACUCUCCAGAGGAGGGCAGCUAGCUUGGUGAAGGACUUUGACUUCAUUUCAUCUGAGUAUAAUUAGAAAGAACUGGUUUUGGGAGGGCAGCUAGGUGGUUCAGUGGAUUGAGAGCCGGGCCUAGUGAUGGGAUGUCCUAGGUUCAAAUCUGGCCACAGACACUUCCUAGCUGUGUGCCCCUGGGCAGGUCACUUAACCCCCAUUGCUUAGCCCUUACCACUCUUCUGCCUUAGAACCAAUACACAGUAUGGAUUCUAAGAUGGAAAGUAAGAGGAAGGAAGAACUAACUGGUUUUGAGAUGGGGGCGUGUUUUGCCUGGAAAAGAGAUCACUUAAAAGUGGAGUUGAUUUGAAGGGUUGUCAUGUAACAGAGGAAUUAGAUUUGUUCUGCUUGAAUCCAGGGGGAAGAAAUAGGAGGAACAAAGUUUCAGAAAAGAAAAUUUGGAUUCAAUAUAAGAAACCUAUGGAAUUUAAGGAAGCAAUGGAUUUCAGUGGAACAUAUCACUGAAGAAUUUUGUGACUGAAGUUCUAAAAUGGUAAAGGUGCAACAGUGUGUGGUAUCUAACAAGUUACCUAGGAAGAGGCCAUAUAUUUGUAAUAUCUGCUUUAAGCAUUUUGAAACACCAUCAAAAUUAGCCAGACAUUAUCUUAUUCACACUGGUCAAAAGCCAUUUGAAUGCCAUGUGUGUCAUAAAACUUUUAGGCAACUAGUUCAUCUGGAAAGACAUCAGCUAACUCACAAGCUGCCAUUUAAAUGCAGUAUUUGUCAGCGACACUUUAAAAAUCUAAUAACCUUCUUGAAACAUCAACAACUCCACAAUGAAACUUAUCAGAAUGAUGUUAAGCAAGUCAAAAGAUUGGUGGAAACCAAGCAAGAGAAGCCAACUUAUGGGAUAUACCGUUCUUUUUCAACGGAGGAGAAGUGGGUAUUACACCCAUCCUCCAAGUCAGAUCAUGUGUAUGGCACUGCAAGGAGGAGAAAGAAAAUACAUGCAUGUGAUACCUGCAGCAAGAUGUUUCCAUCACGCUCAAAGCUGGAAAGGCAUUUACUUAUUCAUACUGGCCAGAAACCUUUUAAGUGUUCCCUUUGCAAUAAAUCGUUUAGACAGUCAACUCAUUUGAAAAUCCAUCAGUUAACACAUACAGAAGAGAGACCUUUUCAGUGUUGUUUUUGUCAAAAGGGAUUUAAGAUUCAGAGCAAACUUCUAAAGCAUAAACAAAUUCAUACGAGAAAAAAGAAUUUUCAGACUAUUUCCUUCAAGAAAAAGAGUCCAGAGUCACGCUCAGUACCAAUUAAAUUAAAUUUAAAACAGGAUGGUUUUGAAAAUGGCGACACACAGGAACUGGAGGGGAAUACUCCACUUGAUGUUGAUUCUAUUUAUAUUGUUCCUUUUCAAUGUCCAGAAUGUGAGCAGUGUUUUGAAUCUGAGCAGAUUCUCAGUGUACACAAAUGUUUGGAUGCUGGAGAUGCUAAAAGUACAAAAAGCAUCAAAAGAAACCACAACUACAAAACUAAUGUUAAAGGUAAAGUUUUAAGUAAGCGUAGGCGUCCUGGUGAUAAGCAGUUAGAUGCCUUUUGGUCUGACAAAAAGAAAUUUAAAACUAGGUUCUUGAAAAAUCGUGAUCUUCUUGGGGAGCAAAGCUCUGAUCAGAAUGCCUCACCUAAAACAUUUAAGACUCCUCAUGGCAAAUUUGGGACUUAUAAGAAAGUUAGUAGCAGUAAAAAGAAAAGGCACUUGCCAUUUUCCUGGCAAAAGCAACUGCAGAGCCCUAGUGCAGAAAUCAAUUUGAAAGGUACUAUUAAUAGUGAAGGUAUUUUAAAUGUAGAUGAUUCCAUGGAUAAUGACCUAAUUUAUGGUCCAUCUGGUGAGGAGUUCUUUGAUGAUCCUGAAGCGCUUCAACGUGCUCUUUCAGCUCCCACUGACAAUAUGCAUACAAGACAUAAAAUGUGUCCAUGUGACAAAUGUGAGAAGGUCUUUCCUUCAAUAUCCAAACUUCAAAGACACUAUCUAAUUCACACUGGACAGAGACCUUUUGGCUGUAAUGUUUGUGGGAAGUCAUUUAGACAGUCAGCUCACUUAAAAAGGCAUAAGCUCACUCAUAUUGAAAAAAUCCCUUUUAAGAGACCUAUUUACCAAGUAGAAUUUGAAAAUUUAAACAAACUUUUCACUCAUCAAGGAGAUAAUUCUCAAUUGGUUGGUUAUUCUGAAGCUUCUGAUACUCAAGAAUAUAAGAUGACUGACUCAAGUGAAAUAUCAGAAUUCAAAGUUAGUACAGAAUCAGGGGACUUCAUUCUUGUCACCCACGGUAGAAACAUGCAGCCCUAUCUAUCUAAGAAACUACUGGAGACAGAGCAGAGACGUUAUAGCCGUUACCAUGGCUAUUCAGGAAAUAGUGAGAAGAAUGAAGGCCUGCUUUACCAGUGUAGCGUUUGUUUUAAAAGUUUUAGGUCUCCAUCCAAACUUGAAAGACACUAUUUAAUACAUGCAGGACAGAAGCCAUUUGAAUGUUCAGUGUGUGGCAAAACUUUUAGACAGGCACCCCACUGGAAGAGACACCAGCUUACUCAUUUCAAAGAACGACCAUAGCAAAAAAUGGUUGUCUUAAAUUUGGACAUAUGACUGACGGAGUUGCCAACACAAUUGGUGCUAGGCAGACCACUGGCAGUAUCCCUGGAGAUUUUGUUUUUAAAGUCUGUUGUAUUUGGAAUGUGUAAUUAUCAGUGGGUCCAUGUUAGCUGAAAGGCAGGGACUAUGUCUUAUUCAUCUUUGUACGCAUGCCUUUCAGCACCUAGCAUAGUGCCUUGCAUAUACUAGGCCUCAAGUGUUUGUUGAAUUGAAUGGAAUUGAAAUUGAGUGAAUUAAUAUGCAAUUGCUUGUCAUGCAUGGUAAGGUCAUAGGAUGAGAAAAUAGUAAAUAUAUUGUUUAUCUACUCAUUUAAAAAAAAAGAUACUUGAGUGUCCAGUGUUUUAUUUUGAUGUUGCAAAUAUAUGUGGUGGAAAUAUUAAAAGUAUUAUUGAAAAUCACAAUAUGAAAUUCAUUUUAGUGGGAUUAUUCCUUACAGUGUGCCAUCUCUUUACAUGUACACAAAAACCCAAGAGGGAGAAGGUGGUCCCCACCUGGAAGUAGUAAACAGUUUCUCACUGUAGUCCCUUUGUAUUCCAUAUGACCUAAAAGUAUAACUGACAUUUAUAUAGUGCUUUAUGGUUACAAAGUGCUUUAGAUAGAGCAUGCAUUUGAUUCCCACAACACUCUGUUGAGGCAGGUUCUGCAGGCAUUACCUCCUAUAUUUAGAUAAGGAAAUUGACACUGCAAAAUCAAGUGAUUUUGCCUAUGGUCACACAGCCUUUUGUGUAGUUAGAAUGUGCCCGGGCUGAAAAUCAGAUCUUUUGACCAUCAUUGUCCAUUUACUACUUAGUUUUCAUGGCAGAAUUCUAUAGUUGAUUUUUUUUAAGUGAGAAUUAUUGGAAGUAAAAAUAAAUGAAAAAUUCUUAUAGCAACAUUAUAGUUGUUCAUUGAACCUCUUAAAAUCCUAGAUUUCUUCAGAAAGAGGGAACAGUAAAUGUCUUUUGAACUGAAUUAACUAUAGUAAUACUGCAUUUCUUCUCAGGAGGUAGAGGCAGAUUUUUUCCAUCAUUUGCUUUGGUCUAAGUCCAGGAGUUCUUAAUCUUUAUUGUGUCAUGGACCCUAUUGGCAGUCUAGUGAACUAAACCCCUUUUUCAGAAUAGUACUUUUAAAUGCAUAAAAUAAAAUACAUAAGUUUGUGAAAGAAACCAGUUAUAUUGAAAUAUAGUAUGCCAAAACAUUAAGGAAGCAGAUUUUCAGACUCCAAGUUAAGAAUCCCUAAUCUAGGUAAAGCUUAUGCUUUUAAAAUGCUUUUGAAAAGUGAUAAAGUGACUAGACUUUACCCCUACCAUGUUCAGUUGCCAGGUCACGAGUAUUCCAUAGCUUCCUUGAUCUUUCUGACAAUGGCAACCAGAUUCUUAUUUUAAAAACAAAAUAAAAUGCAUUGACCCACUUUAUGGUUAACUCCUAGAGAGGGCUACCAAAACUGCUUAUUUGUAGAUCAAUGACCUGUCCCUGAGCUCAGGCUCCCUCAUACCUGAGUUCCUUUUCAUAAAACUUAUCAACUGCAUUCCAUGUAGUAGUGCCAGAAGAUAUCAACAUCUGGUUGUUUUGUAUCUAGUUUUUGCUAUUUUAUCUUCUAUCUAAUACCUCUUGCAGAAUUCUUAUGGUAGAUAAUAUUUUGGUCCUAAUCCUUUUUUUUUUAACAAAUUAUGCAGCAUCAUGUUUUAUUUGAAAGCAGAUGUAAUUUGGAGUCAAGGGAAGCCAGUCUUUUGGGUGACUGUGAUUAAGUCUUUUAACCUCUCUGGGUAUCACUUUCCUCACCUGAAGAUGAGCCAGGGUUGAAAUAAAAGAACUGUAAGGCUUCAUAACUAAAUCUAUAAUCUUUUGUAUUUAGUGAUUAUUCCUGUUGAUAAGAUGCUCAUUAUAGGAGUGUAGUAAUCAAUUUAUGAAGCAAAACUCAUGAUUUGGAAAACGUUAAUAACAUGGAGCUGUAAAGGCAGCAUGGUGAAUGUAAUUUUUUUUUUUUAAGGAUCUAAUCCUUUUUAGAGUAAGGAUUUCUGGUAAAUAAAGGUAAAACACAGAGGUAGCAUGGAUUAGGGGAUAGAGAGCUGGGUUUACAGAAAGAAAGACCUGGGAUUAAAUUCUAGGUCUGCCAUUUACUAGCUGUGUAACUGGACAGAUUAACCUCUGUGCCUCAGGCAAUUUCUUAGAAAUCGGGAGUCAGAGAAAGGUUGUUGUCUACUUUGGUGGACUCAGUUAAAAUCGGUGGUAGUCUUUAAAGGAAAGAGCCAGCAUAUUGAUGUGAUGGAAUAAAACAACAGGUGAGUACAUUUAGGACACUUAAACACUAAGAGGUUAAUUUCUUUCUGUCUUUUUUUUUUUUAAAGAAGUUCGUUUUUGAAAAGGAAUUCAGAAAAAUGAAGAAUGAAAAAUUUUGUACCCUAUUUUGAGAGAAGCCCUAUUUGUUUUUUGACUUAAUAUUUACAAAAAACCCUACAUAUACACAAGUAGAUAUUUGCCUUUUAUGCAGUUUGUUUCAAUAAGAACAUCCAAGUAAAUCAGGUACCUAUUAUGUGCUAAAAAAUUUGAUAGUUUCUUUAAAUAUUGAAUUCUGCUGACAGUUAAAAAGAUUUCAUUUGUUAAUUUGGUUUGCACAGAACUUUAGAGGUUAGUUACACACAUAUACUACACAAAGCAUAACUAAUUUUGUCUGAAUUUAAAAGAAGUAAUGAAUUUUCUUUAUACCUUUUAAAAAGAAUCAUGGUUUUUAUUUACAUUGAUAUAGAUUGUUGGUUAAGUUUGGUUUGAGUGAAAUUUGUCUACCAAAUCACAUAGAGGAAAUCAGACCAGGAUUAUGUGUUUUAGUUUUUUGCUUUUUAAUGAGUGAAGCUCUUUACUUACCUGUAAAUGUUACUAUUUAAAUAAUUUUUCUGACCAUUUUUUGAGUUUCAAAUAUCUAAAAAGUUGUCAAAGUAGAACUUUGAAGUACUUGUAACAAAUCAUCUAUUUGUGUUGUACACUUUAUGUGGAGAUUUUAGAAAUGUGAUAAACUACAUAAAUUUUAUUUUAAUAAGAUUAAGCAUUAGAUGUUAAAUAACUGAUGGACUGCUGCAUGCUAGAAACGACUGUUUUUUGGUUUCUGAGAAGAAUAAACUUCAUAAAACUC